AUGCGUUAUCUUCCAAUCUUGGGUUUACUUGGGGCAUUGGCCAUCACUACCAUCGAUGCUGUGUCUCUGCCGCAAGAUGUGCCUCGCGAUGUUUCGGGUUUCCGGCAAAAACAUCCAUACAAGCCUCCUAAGCACGAGCAACGCAAAAUAAUAAAGAUUCGCGCGUCGAGAGAUCAUGAGGAUGAUGUUUCCGACGACUUCGAACGCGGUACAUUCGUUAUCGGAAAGGCGCUUGAUUUGACAGGUCUCAAUGAUAUUCACAUUCACUUAGAGGGUGAGAUCCGGUUUACGGAUGACAUUGAGUAUUGGCAGGAAAAUGCUUGGUACCACCCUUUUCAAAAGUCAAUUAUGUUUUGGAAAUGGGGAGGGCACGAUAUCAAGAUAUAUGGCAACGGCGUCAUCGAAGGUCAAGGCAUUUUAAAUCCCGACAAUAAGUAUUACCGUCCGAUUCUGUUCUACGCAGAGAACACGACCAACCUUGACGUUUCCGGCAUCCAUCUCAAAGACUCGCCCUGCUGGAAUAACUUCAUUGUGAGCUCCAAGAACAUCUCAUACACCGAUGUCGUAGCGACCGCUCUGUCAAAUAAUGGUAGCAUCAUCCCCAAGAAUACUGACUUUAUGAACACAAUGAACACUUCGACCGUGCGAAUUGAGAGGACAUGGGUCAAUAUUGAUGAUGACUGUUUCUCUCCCAAGCCCAACAGCUCUGAUCUUUAUGUCAACACCAUGUAUUGUAAUGGUACACACGGCCAGUCUAUGGGAUCACUGGGACAAUACAAAGGGGAAGUCUCUAAUGUUCACGAUGUGCAUAUCGAGAACGUUUGGAUGAUGAAUGGAGAUUAUUCUGGUGCUCGUAUCAAGGUAUGGGCCGGAAACGAAACUGGCACGGGUUUUGUUAACAAUGUAACGUUCAAAAAUUUCUGGGUCGCACGUAUGGAUUACGGCAUUUUCCUCGAUUCUUGCUAUUUCAACAAAUCAGCCGAGGAGUGCAAUGCACAUCCCUCAGGCAUGCAAAUUACCAACAUACACUUCGAGAACUUCACAGGCUACACGUCUGGUGUUUAUGGUAACGCUGUAGCUCGUCUUUCUUGUUCAUCUGCUGAAGAUGCUGUUUGCGCCAACAUUACCCUCAAGAACUUCGACGUCAAACCGCCAUGUGGUGGAGAGCCUGUGGUUAUCUGUGAUGGGAUGCAUGGCGAUGUUGGAGUGGACUGUGUUCCAUAUGAAAGCGACGAGGCUCAGGCGGCACUCAAGGCAAAAUGCAAAACACCAUUGGUGCCUAUCGACACGGAUCCUUGGGGCAGUGGAUUAAUUGAGAAGAAGAAGGGUGCCUUUCAUCCGGAAUAG